CAAAUACCGGGGUGGCCAGUACUGGGAUGGCAGAUACCAGGAUGACGGAUCUCGGGAUCUCUGUGCUGGAUGUUGUCAAUGCGAACCUGUUUGGCAAAUGACCCUAACUCGUCUCCUGUGUAUGUUCGCAACGCACUGCUCCCGAUCAUCCUCAAAACUACCUUGCUGGCUCGACGACGCUCUCGUCCAACAUCCGAUAACCAUCAGAGCGCCCGUGGUUUGCGCCACGUCCUGGAGCAGCUCACCAACGCCUCGUUCUCGCAGUAGCGGUGCCACUGCAUCGUUUUUGUGCCCAAGAAUCCCAUCCGACCCGAGACCCAUUACUUCGCCCCCCCCCCGCUCGACUGGCGCCACAGUUCCGAUGCCGUGAUGCCUGCUUCUCUCGCACCCGGCUCGUACUUUUUUGAUGAGACUGUGACCAUCCAAGCUUUUACCUCGCGAACGCCCCUUGUCGAACUAUCCAUCGCUGGCCACUGGCUCUCGCCAUGCGACUCAAGCACACCCUCCGUCAAGCCAACGACCACAUCUGAGGUGCCACCAUCAACCAUCAAGCGCAACAAGACUCAUCUACUUUGUCUGUGUUGUAAUCCUUGCGCUUACUUCUCAGCCACCCGCCCGACCCCCCCCCUCAAUCUUCCUUGGUUGCGGUGGGCUUCCGCCUCUGUCUACCUCGCGUGCUCUCUAAUUUUUGUCUUUGCUCUGCUGUGUUCUGUCUCGCUGCAUUUCUGCCCGCACAUAGUUUCCAAUGAUGAUGAAUGGGAUGGCCGUGCUGUUAUUUUUAUUUUUUGUUGUUUUCCUUAGCCACGGACAACUGAUGAAGGGACGAGAUACAAUACCAUCGAUGAAGAGACGAGCAUGGCUGCACCCCUCCGACGCUGGAGUUUGGAUGCAUCCCUCUGGCGCUGGACUGGGACGCGGCCAUGCUUUCUGAUGCUUUUGUCAUGUAUCUAUCAAUUUGCAACUUUGCUGAACCGGGGGCCUCCGCGCAUGACGCCGAUGGCCGCCGUCUUUUUCUUCCUACCCCCUGUUGAAUAUAUGCAUGCAACGAUACACAACAA